UUGGUUUUAAAAGGCUAGUAACAUGAGUCUUCAUCUCAUGUACUCAAGUCAUCGCAAAUGUAAAUGAUUUGACAUAUUUUUCAAAAUUAUUAUUCUUUUCUUAAAGGAACAAGUUCACUCAAAAAUGAAAAUCAUGUCAUCAUACACUCAUGUUGUUCCAAACCUGUAUGAUUUAUUUAUUUUUUUCUUGCAGAACACAGCAGAAGUUAAUUUGUCAAGUGCUUUUUUGUCCAUACAGUGGAAGUCAGUGGUAAUCAAAAUAUUCUUCAAGAUAUUUUACUUCAUAUUUCACAGAAGAAAAUAAGUCAUAGAGGUUUGGAACAACAUGAGGAUAUAGAUUAUCUGAGUGAAUUAAAACAGCAUUUUCAAUUUUGUGUCAACUAUUCAUUUGAGUUAUACCUUUUAUGCCCCUUUAAAAUGUAAAAAGUUUCUGUGAUAGUAUUAAGAGUAGAAUAUAUCAAUAUAGCUCAGUUUACAAAAUGUGUGCACAAACAUGGGUUUUUAUUGUGCACGCCGUGUGACAGAGUUUGUGCGUGUGCUCGCAUGUGUGUUCACAUCAGUUGACUCACCUGGGAAAGCAAAUGAUAGGUUACGUAAUCAGGGCAAAUAAAAUCACAUCAGAUUCUUUCAACUAAACACACAGACACAAACAUAUACUGUGUUCCCAAAUGUGCGCAUCUGUAUGUCCCUCCUUCUGUUCCCUUCUCCUGGCUUAUGUGUGUGUAUCUUGGCUGCUGUGUAACAGGUCCAAAUGUAAAUUCAUUUAAGUCCUUGUGAAAACAGAUUUUUAUUAGUGUUUACUGCAAUGCCUCUAAUGUGGAUAUAUGCAGCUGGGACCGGUGCCACCAGAGGGCACACUCUGACUCUUUUUUUCUUUUCUUUUUUCACAUCAAUGUAACUUUAACCCCUGAAGCUUUAAAAGCCCCUAUCUAGACCUUUUGUGAAAGCAAUCAUUCAGGCCGUUAACUCCGGAUGCUCUGAGUCGGAUUCUAAUCGAACUUAUGGGUAAAUCAGGAGGAAAACAGCGUGGUGGAGGCUGCCGAAAGCUCCAGCGAGGUGCAGAAUGGCCAUGCAGAGGCUAGUCCAAACCCCAGCACCAACUGCUUGUGUCUGGGCCAGGCCACUCAGAACCGGGACCAGAUGAGGGCCAAUGUCAUCAAUGAGAUCAUGAGCACAGAACGACAUUACAUCAAACAUCUGAAGGACAUCUGUGAGGGGUACCUCCGUCAGUGUAAAAAGAGAAGAGACAUGUUUAACGACGAUCAGCUGAAAGUGAUCUUUGGAAAUAUCGAAGAUAUUUACAGAUUCCAGUUGAGCUUUGUCAGAGACCUGGAGAAACAGUUUAACACUGAAGAACCUCAUCUCAGCGAGAUCGGACCUUGCUUUUUGGAACACCAAGAUGGAUUCUGGAUCUACUCGGAAUACUGUAACAACCAUGUGGAUGCCUGCAUGGAGCUCACACGUCUCAUGCGAGACGCACGAUACCAGCACUUCUUCGAAGCUUGCCGAUUGGUUCAGCAGAUGAUCGACAUCGCCAUUGAUGGCUACCUGCUCACACCAGUCCAGAAAAUCUGCAAAUACCCUCUACAGCUGGCAGAGUUACUGAAAUACACAGUACAAGAACACAGUGAUUAUCGGUAUGUGGCUGCUGCGCUUGCUGUAAUGAGAAAUGUCACUCAGCAAAUCAACGAACGCAAACGAAGGCUUGAGAACAUUGACAAAAUCGCCCAAUGGCAGGCAUCGGUACUGGACUGGGAGGGUGAGGAUAUUCUGGACAGGAGCUCAGAGCUAGUGUACACUGGGGAGAUGUCCUGGAUAUAUCAAUCAUAUGGGCGCAGCCAAACCAGAAUCUUCUUCCUAUUCGAUCACCAGAUGGUCCUCUGUAAGAAGGAUCUCAUUCGCCGUGAUAUUCUCUAUUAUAAGGGUCGGAUUGAUAUGGAUCAUUAUGAGGUCAUUGACGCAAUCGAUGGCCGAGAUGAUGAUUUUAACGUUAGCGUGAAAAACGCCUUCAAACUGGCCAACAGAGACACAGACGAGAUCCAUCUGUUCCUGCCCAAAAAACUGGAGGAGAAAAUCCGUUGGCUUCGGGCGUUUCAAGAGGAAAGAAAGAUGGUCCAGGAAGAUGAGAAGAUUGGGUUUGAAAUCUCUGAAUAUCAGAAGAAACAAGCCGCCCUGACCGUUAGGAGAGUCACCAAACAGAAAGGUGUGGGCCGGUCGGGGCCCCCAACAUACCCACCUCCUUUGGACCCCAUGAACCCCGGGCAGUACCUCCUCCCUGACGGCUACGGGCAGGCGGACGGAUAUGAAUACGAGCCCAAACGCAGCACAUCUCCCUUCUGGCAGAACUUCAGUCGGUUGGCUCCCUUUAAAAAAUAGAACACAUAUCCACCAGGGGUGGGAUACACCAGCCCCUGUAUACUUGGAAAAGCACUAUUCUACUUAAGAUACAUCUACGGGAUUUGAGAAGGACCCACACACACACACAAACUACAGGAGAGAGGACAGACCUCGCUUUACUGGGGUUUACCUGGCGUAUUACUUUCACUGGGGUUACGGGGACAUCUUGCUGGGCUGGCUGCACCGAAUACUGCACACGACAAAAAAUCACGCAAACACGCACACACAAAACAUCGAUUUUAUUCCUCGGCACUCUUUUUAGAGAGGUUUUAAAUCAUGAAAUAUGGAAAAUCUCUUAUGGUUCCUUCUUCUCUAUACAAAUCGACAAGAUAGUGAACUUUCACCGUUUGAAGCACUAAACCACGGUAAUGACUCUUGCUCUCUAGCGCCGCCCUGGUGUUCCUCCGUGCACUGUGACUAUUUGGGGCAUUGUCUCUCACCCAGUCUCUCUCGAUCUCAUACUCCACAUUAUCAUCUGUUUUUCCAACAGUUUCAAGUCUGAUCAAAGCUGAAGAUUUUUUUUCCCUGGACAAUUACUCCUUGGAUGGAACCUGCUGCACUCUUUGGUUUGUUUUGCAUGAGAUUCAGUUCAUUACAGGUAUUUUUAUUUAUGUUGUUACAUUCGUAUGGGUCUCAAAAAGAACAGUGGAUCACGAUUUGCAAAUUUGUCGCGCAAGUUGUGCUUACACUGGUCACGGUAUACUGGAACAACUUUGACAUUCAGAGAGAACUUCAAUCAACCUUUAGAUACCUUGAUUAAGCUACAGACCAGAGAAACCUGAAGGAGGAACAGUUUUUCUCUGAACAGAGGAUCUCUGUAGUGUGUUUACGUCAGAGCCUUGUUUAUCCUUAGGUCUUGAUCUUGGUUUCACCAUUGUUUCCUCUCUCCCGUCAUAAGUUCAAUCUGACAGAAGACCGGAAACCCCCCCAAAAAGUAAUAAUGCCACCUCUGAGCCCUGCCUUCAUUUUAUGAGGAAUGAUACCCGGACCAGGGCAACUUUAAUCCUGCUGAUCAACUUCAUAAUGAUGUGCCAAUUCAUCUCUAACGUGCCAAAAUAGUCUAGUUGGCAAAUUUUCCUCUAACAGGUGCACUGGCAUGUGCAAAUGCCAACCCCAUGAGCUGGUUCCCCGCCAUGUGACUUCUCAGGCGAACAUUAAGUAAAGAAAUUUGGUUAUCGCUGCUAGGAUUAGCAUGACAUAGCGUUUGUUUUUGUUUUCUGGUUUUGUUUUUUUGGGGGUUGUUUUUGGUUCUCUCUAUAUAUAUAGACAGUAUAUAUUUAUUUAUUUAUUUAUUUAUUUUCCCCCAAAUUAAGGGACCUGUGCAAAAAUUAAUUUAUGGUAUAUUUCGCGUUUUUUCUGAUAACUUUCAAAGGAUAGUAUUUAGUCCACUCACAAUAUUUAAAGUAUUGCUAUAAAACAUUAUUUAUUCUAUUCAAGUGUGAUUUUCUUUUUUUCCAUCUUGUUCCUCUUUCUAUAUUUUAGAGCUUCUGCUGGAGUGUUAAAGACCCUUUUAGGGCAUAAAAAUGUAAGAGGACUUUAUGGAAGAUAUAUUUCACACAUGUGUACUAAGUGCCACAUGAAACUAUUUAUGUUACAAAGGAAAAUAUCAGUUUAAUAUUUUUGAUUCAGUGAUCUGAUUGAAAUAACAUUAUAUCAUUAUUUCAUAAUAAACUUCAUUAUGGAGAAAACAGAGUUGAAA